CCGGCCGUGAUGUUGCCCUAGAGUCGAACUUCGAAGCUUUAAAAUGUUCCAUUUUUAAGGGGAUACGAGUCAAAGUAGAAUUAUUUCCCUGCCCUACUUUAUUCUAUUGUGCAACCGUGUUAUCUUUUGACCACACUACUGAAAAUUUCACAGGCCAAAGGUGUUCAAGUACACCCUUCAAACAAUGAUGCAGCUUUUCCAGUUAAGUUUAUUAGUUGUGUUUCUCGCUGGGCUGAAGUAUUUAGAAAUUAGAGCACUUGAGCGCGAUGAUCAAUGGCGGAGUCCUGCUGCAACCCGAGGUCACGAGUGGCACGAGGCAUUUGAUCCAAAAGAGCAUGAUACUGAUGUCCUUGAUGAUAGUAGAUUGCACGAGGUGGCCAAGGCCUAUGGCGAUUUCUUUGUGCCAGAUGGAUCGGGAAGGACUGACUUGAAUAUGUCAGCUGUAAUGUACCAGGCAGAGAAGCAGCAACGUGAAGCCAUGGCUGGGGGAGGUCUUGGGAGGCCUGCAUUCAUCAAGCAACCUAUCCUUCCCAAUACCGUCUUGAAAAGGAUUAGUCCAGAUAUCAUUCGCAACAUGACGGCCUCAGAGGUGUUCCAACUUCAGAAAGUCACAGAAAUGUCCUAUGAAUCUUUGGCACACCUUCUAAGCAACCUACAGCCCCAGGAAUUUGACAAGCUGAUUGCCUUGGCAAGAAAUGCCACAAAUUUUGAGACCAAGAUUCCAGACCCUACCAUUGCCAAGGCAGUCAUUGAUUCCUGCCACAGGCAGUGGGGACCAGUCAGUGAGUGGACUACCAAGCAGGUGUCCAAAAUAGGACCGAUGUUGACCAGCCUGAACAUUGAGCAGGUCAAACAACUAAAUGAAGAGGUUCUCAUUGAAGUCAUCAGAACAUUUGCCAGAGUAGGCUUUCGAGGCCCAGCUACCAGGACUUUGGUGCUGAAAGCUAAGAGAUCCUGGGGUGCCAUCAGAACAUGGAACCCAGAUCAGUUUGCCACGCUCGGACCCCUCCUGAUAUAUCUCACUCCCAGGGAUCUCAAACAUAUUCAGCCUGCACAGAACGUCACAAGCCUCCUUCCGUUGCUUGGGUCUCUCGAGUUGGAGAGAGGACAAGCCAGAGCUAUCAUCAGUAUUGCUGCUAGCUCACCAGACUGGCGCUGGACACUGGAACAGGUGCAGAGUCUGGGAAAGAUGAGACAAUAUCUGGACCCCAUGGAGCUGAAGGCUGCCCCUGCCUCAGCUUUUGCUUCUCCAGAGUUGCUGGAGGAAAUGUUGCCGUCUAACAGACGUGGUCAUCAUCGGCAAACUAAGGAGAUUGCAAGAGUCUUGAAGGAGAGCAAAGGUGAUGUUAGUGCCUGGGGAACGGAGGACUUCCGGUCAAUGGGCAGAGCAGCCAGUGGGCUCGGAGUCAGUGACCUGGAGCAACUUGACCCCAGUGUUGUACAGGGAGCCAUUGAAGACAUUGCUGAUGCGGACUAUUCUCCCAGGCAAAGGAAGGUGCUACUGCGGAAGUAUCAGAGAGCAAGGGGUGUCCAGAAUACUGCCAUGAGUGCGGCUGAGGUGAGACAGAUGAAGGGAUUGGCUGCUGACCUAUCUACCUCCGACCUCGCACACAUGGACCCUGAAGACAUCAGAGAGUCUGUUGAUGUCUUUGCGAAAAACGCCAAGAGAAUGAAGAAGACUCAGAAGAGAGAAAUCAUCAAGCAGUUGAAGGAGGCCCCCGGUGGUAUUAAGGAUGCCAUCAGAGACAUGGGGGACAUGGUUAAGGAGCUACCGCUGAAGGAUCUAGACAACCUGUGCACGGCCAACUUCACCACCAUGGCAGACCAGAACUCCACUUCAGUUGCUGCGGCCGGACUGAUGAACUGGACUGAUGGACAGAGUAUGAAGUUAUUCCGCUGUUUCAAGGAUGAGGUUCUUGGUAGCGGUGAAGCUGAGGGAGCAGAUUUGCCUGCUUUACCCACUCCAACCACCAUCAGGUAUCUUGGCAGCAUAGCAAGAGGAAUGACAUGCAGUGACAUUAAUGGCUUUGUUGCCGAUGACAUCCUACCGACAGUGGGGUCAAUGAUGGAACAGGAAGGCUGGUCACCACGACAGCUUGACUGCACCCACCGCAAGGUAAGAAGCUCAUUAUCGGAGGCCCACAGUGACUACACUGCUGAUUUCACUGAGACUGAGAUCGCUUCUCUGACUGGACAGCUCCUCAAGGAAUUCAGUGUCGUGGAACUUGACACCAUCCCCUCCAGUCACUGCGAGAUGCUGUAUUCAGAGAUUAGCGAGGAGGACCUGAUGGGGCUGAAGAGAGAGAAACGGAAAGUGUUGACAUCAAGGGCCCUCCAGUGUCUGGGUGUGGAUGGAGAGUUGGAUACCUUGGAGCAGGAUACCAUGGAUGUCAUUGGUAACCUGGCCUGUGAUCUGGAUGCCGAUGCACUGCGGCGCCUCUCGUCCUCCACCUUCACCGAUAACCUGUACAGCCUGCAGAAAUGCUGCCUUGAUGUGGACCAGCUGGUGGUCGUUGGGGAAAGGCUGGUUCAGGAAUUGGGAUCUCCCAACCAGUGGCUGUCAGACACCAUAUCAGAUAUUGGGCCCCUCCUGGUCUCACUGUCGGAACUGGAAAUACAGAGCUUGGAGGAAGAUCAGUUUUCCUUGGUAGCCGAGGAUGUGAUGGUUCGCUUUGCUGAGUACAAAGACAAGUGGCGUAGGCAUUGCGACAUUGACCUUCAACCUCAAGACAUAUCUAGUCGGGAAGAGGGUUUUGUCAGCGUGGCUAUCAAGGCUAAAGAUGCACUCGUUGCUGUGAGUCAGGCAGACGGAUCAAGGAGAAAGAGACGAGAGUCGACAUAUUCUCCAACCUGUGAUGAAAUUGAGUCGCUUGGGGAUGGCAACAUCGCGUGGACUGUGGAUGAACUAGGCGCUAUGUCAGCUGACACCUUUGACAGUUGUGGAUAUGCACUGGGUGAGGUGACGGGUUUCACAGAUGCUCAGCUAGCAGCCCUUCUAAACAAAGCUAAAGAGGCCUGGGGACAGGCAGCCGACAUGACACCAGAUCAGAUCUCCCAGCUUGGCCACAUUGCAUCCAAGUUCACUCCAGCCGAGAUUAGCCAGCUCAACCUGACUGAGACAGACACAGUGUACGCCAUCGCCCAGUACCACAUCUACACUACUGAUCAGCUGGGAGCUGGUGUGGCUAGAUUCCUAGAGUUGAGUGGUGUGUCGGUGGCCAGCUUAGAUUCCCUAGACCUCACAGCCCUGGGUAACUUCCUCUGUGGCCUGACUGUGGUGGAGAUGGCCAGUAUUCCAAGUAGCGCAUAUCAGGAAGCAGCUAGUACCAUUGGUGAUCUGAGGAGUUGUGAUGCAGGCCAGUGGGCUUCCCUCAAGGCCAAGGCCGUAGAAGAGUACGGGGCCAUUGAUACCUGGAUGCCUGAAGUCUUUGCUGAAGUUGGCUCACUUGUAGCCGGUUUCACAGCAGAGGAGUUGAGCAGUCUGUCUGAUGUCAGCAUUGCCGGUAUCAAACCUCACGCUGUAUCUCUCAUAGGUCCACAGACGCUGGCUGCUGGUUGGAGUAGUUCCCAGCUUAGCAAGCUGGACCAGCUUCAAGCCGAGGCAGUAACAGAGGAACAACUAGCCGCCCUGUCUGAGGAGCGACGCUCUGCCCUGCUGGAUGCAGAGUACGGAGACGAUGUAAGCCUGGCUGAGAUGGAUGAGGUCACCGAGGAAGAGAACGAUGGUACGCAAGGUAAAAGUGCAGGGUACCAAUCAACUGGCCUGGUGCCAACUAUUAUUGCUAUGUGCAAUGUGAUCUCCACGGCAAUGCAGUAGAGGAUCAACAAAGGUGAGUCUGCUGUCAUCAUAAACAUAAAAAUGUUGCCUUAACAGUUCCAAACAAGUUGGCAGUUUCUCCUGUCCUCUCAAAUUUAGUUGGCCGUUUUUCAGAAAAUUAGACGUGUUCCA